AUGAGUGACAGCCAGCAUCCCGGCGCCCGCCGGGGACCCUCCCCCGGGCUGCCUGGGCGGGACCCACGCUGCCCACCAACAGGACGUGGCCCCCAGCCCCCAGCCGAGGGCCUGGAGCAGGACGCUGAUGGGAGCCAGACCCGAGGGAGGAGCCGCAGGAAGUGUGGGAGUGAGGUCCCCUGCGCCCGGCUCUGCGUGGGCCUCCGUUUCCCCAUCGACGGCACAGCCCGGAGAGACUCCGCACGGGGGCCGGGGGCGGGGGUGGUGUUGGGUGAGCUGAGAGGUCAGGUGCCGGCUGAAGGCAAAGCCCUUUUCGGGUUCCCCAGCAGGGCCGCCGUCUCCCACAGCACUGUGCUCCUGCUCGCCACUCAGUGGAGUGUGGAAGGAGAGGAAGGGGCUGCCCGGGGGCAGCGCCAGCAGGAGAGGGCCUGGCAGCUUCGGGCCCAGGAUGAGGGCGAAGGAGGCCAGUCCCUGGAGCAGCUAGAGCAGAAGCCCCUCAGCCCGAAGCCCUCGGAGGGCCCUGAACUGGACGAGGAUGAGGGUUUCGGUGACUGGUCCCAGAAGCCAGAGCAGCGGCGGCAGCACUGCGGGGCUGGGGAGACCACGGACAGUGAGGCCCUGCCUCGGGGCGAGAGUCCGGAGGGGGGUCAGGAGGAGGACAGGCCCCGCCAGCACACCUUUGAGAGCCAGGGUGACGACGAGCUGACCCCAGCCGGGGUCUGUCUGGAGGAGCUGCGUCUGAGCCCCGACUCAGAGCCUCAGGAGGGGCCGGGAACAGAGGACACAGAGCCCAAAGGCCCCGAGGGACCCGUCCAGGGAAGCCCAGGGCUGGCAGAGACCAAGGAGGCAGAUGAUGAGCAGCACCAGAGAUGCCAGCAGCGCAGGACACCCAGCCCCUUGGUCUUGGAGGGGACGGACCCGGGCUCGCCUCCCCUGAGCCCCAGCACCAAACUCAGCGACAGAACUGAGUCCCUGCACCGCUCCAUUCAGAAGAGUAACAGCAUGAAGUCCCAGCCAGCCCUGCCCAUCUCCACGAUUGAAGAGAGGCUGGAGCAGUACACGCAGGCCAUCGAGACCUCUGGCCGGACCCCAAAGCUAGCCCGCCAGCCGUCCAUCGAGCUGCCCAGCAUGGCCGUGGCGAGCACCAAGAGUCGCUGGGAGACGGGAGAGGUGCAGGCUCAGUCCUCCGCCAAGUCCCCCGCCUGCAAGGAUAUUGUAGCUGGAGACCUGAGCAAGAGGAACCUCUGGGAGCAGAAAGGAGGCCCCAAGGCUUCGCUGACGCUUAAGAACACCCCGUCUGCGAAGAGGUACAAAUUUGUGGCCACUGGACACGGGAAGUAUGAGAAAGUGCUCGUGGACGAGGGCUCGGCGCCCUAG